UUUGAUAAUAAAAGAAAAGGCUGCCAUUUUAUACGUGCCGAAGAAGCUGCGGGAAAAACUUUCAGUCCGUGGAGGAUUUUACCCGAAAAUAGUCGCAAUACUCACUCAUCGUAGUCAUAAUCAACCCACCACAAAUUGGCGAAAGACGACAAGGAGAUUCCUAACAACUGAUGCCAGUGUUACAAUGGAGCUCUUAAAAUGAGAAGCUAACACUGAUACAACUGGAGAAGGUUGUUAUACUGAUUUAAAUGUUGAACUAUAUCAGCCCAAGUAUGACAUCACUACGCUCAAAACUGGAGUUAUAUCUCCUUCUCACUAUGUGUAUAUACGCAGCCAAGGUUAUGAUCGUGCUGGUGUACAUGGAUAAAUUCAUCCCUGCUGACGUCACCAUCAUGAACGGUCAGGAUCACGAACCAGACGCAACGUUGAACAGGUUGAACAUGGAGCGAAGGAAUAGAAAAGAUAAGCGAGACUUUGAAGGGGUGUUAAGGCGGAUGGGUGGGGAGGCAUCACAGAGUGACACAAAGCGAAUAGACAAUAAUAUUCCUAGUGUGCAGAAUCGUAGCAGCGAGUCCAAAUCAGAUAGUGAAAGUGGUAGGGCACGUCCGGUGGACGAAAUGAAGAGAAAUCAAACUAAUUUGGCACCCAACUUGGGCUUGAAUAGCGCCCUCUUCCAUCGAGUGCUGGAUUCGGUGUUCGAUCACAGCCACGAUAAGAAGAAGUGUCAGGAUGCCUUCAUGGUAUCUCUCAUCACCACACGCCCAACGGAAGUAGACUUCCGAAUGGCGAUCCGUGAGACGUGGGCAAACGACGCCUACGCGCAUCAGAUGGGAGUACUCACGCUGUUCGUUCUCGGUCAACCGACGGACGGUACCGUCAACUCGGCCGUGUUCCUCGAGAAUGAACGGCACGACGAUAUCUUGAUGGGAAGCUUCACGGACAGUGUGGGUAACUCCACUUUGAAGCUGCUCCUCGGGAUAGACUGGGUGAUGUCAAAUUGCCCCUCCGCCAAAUACGUCUUCAUCGGUGAUGAUCACAUGUUCAUCAUCUACGAGCGUCUUGUCAAACUUCUACGAGAAACAAACGAAAAGGACGGUGUGAAAAUGUGGAUUGGUCGACUCACUCAGGGGAAGAUGCCAGAGCGCGACGCAGGAAGUCGGUACUAUGUAUCGAGGAAGCUCUAUCCAGAGACUCGUUAUCCAGACUUCUGCACUAUUGAGGCUGGUUACGUGCUUAGCGUGGAUGCCGCCAGGGAACUUUUAGCCUUGUCUUGGGGUGAGCCUCUCCUGCCACUACCAGAUGUCUACAUGGGAGUUCUAGCCAAGAAAGCCAACAUUCUAAUAAAGAACGAUAACUCAUUCAGUUACGGUAACCAGGCCAAGGAUGCGUGUGAGCUCAACAGAGUCGUCACGUCACGGGGUGUACGGUCGGCGGAACAACUCCAGAGCACCUGGACGAAGUUCAGCGAUCCUGAGUUCCGCCGGAACUGUCCCGAUCCGGAUUUGAGUUUGGUGCUCAAAAACCACAUUGACAAUUUACCUUACUUGGACAAGACGCUCCAAAUGCGGCUGAACCAUCCGGAUAUUUGCUACGACAAAGCUGGGAACGAGGAGAGUGUUUUCAUCCUCGUACUCAUCAGUACGUUGCCGAGACACUUUGAGCUGCGUAGUACCAUCCGGGAAACUUGGGGGCGUAACUUGAUGAGACAGGGGGAGAACAUCAAACUUUUAUUCGUGAUGGGCCACACCCAGACUGAUGUUAAACUUAUACAGCAGCGAGUCAAGCAAGAGGACGACAAGUUUGGUGACAUCAUCCAAGCAGACUUUACCGAAUCCUUCCAUAACUUAACUCUCAAGGUAGUCAUGGGACUCCGGUGGGUGACUCAAAACUGCCCCCACGCCAAAUACAUGUACAAAGGUGACGAUGACAUGUUUGUCAAUUUCGAUCGCAUUGUGUCCCACUUGAAGGAGAGCCGAGCCAAGGGACUGGCAAAGUCUAGGUAUUUCCUUGGGAGUGUACUCCAUAGAAGUGUCCGCGUUACUCGUGAGAACUCCAAGUAUUACGUGCCAGAAAGACUGUACAGUGGCCGAUACUUUCCCCCGUACUGCUCGGGUGGUGGGUACAUCAUGUCAACAGACAUCAUUCCACAGAUGUACCGUAAGUCACUGGAGACUGCCUUUAUACCCAUCGAUGACGCCUACCAGGGUAUUCUCAUGAGUAAAAUAGGGGUGAAGCCAGUCGCCCACCCGGGGUUCAAAAACUGGGGUGCCAAGACGGACGGGUGUUCGUUGAGAGAGGUUAUGGUGGUCCAUGGGUUUAAGAACUCUAAUAUAUUGAAUGCAGUAUGGAGAAACUACACCACUCCAGCUGAGGACUGCCCGGAGGUUUCGUGACACAUAAAAGGUGAUUGAACACCAAAAACUUGAGCGACUGUAGACGCCAGUCUAAAAUUAACCGAUUUAAAGGCACUGGGCACCUUUGGUGUUAUUGUUUAAGGCCAGUCUUCUAACUUGCAAAUGAGAAGAGCUGGUGUACUUGGUGUACUUGGUGAACAUGAACUGGUGGUUCUCAACAUUUGCAAAAUUAACAAACCUCUGAAAAUUGCGCGAAGUUGCACCUUUGUCGCACUAGUUUUGUGCUUUCAGAUGCUUAGAUUCUAGACCUCAAGUGAGGUCUCAAGUUAACUUCAAAUAUUGUAGUGAUAAAUUACUUUCUUUUCACUUCUAAUUAGCCGUUCCUAACAUCACAGUGUUUUACACUAUCAACAGCUCUCCAUUGCUCGUUACCAAGUAAGUUUUUAUGCUAAUGAAGCCAAUGUUUUGUUUAAACAAGAAUCGUUUAUAAUCGAAAAUUAAGUGUUUAAAGCAUCUUUUUAGUCGUGUUUUGUGUUGUUUUUAACAUGCUUACUUUUUGGAUGAAAUAAAUGUCUACUACAGGGUUAAACAUAACAUAUUGUUGCAUUACUUCAAUUCGAAGCCCCUGGUAAAUAAAAAAAGAGAAUAAAAGC